GGAUGUCCUGCUUUUGAUGGGCCCACGUAUUCGCCCUGCAAAUAUCUGAAUUCCUGAUUGGCCUCAUCGAAACCUCUAUUGAAACAGGACUAUCAGCAAUCACUGGACAUCAGACAGGUCGAACCUAGGCGAUCCCCGUAAGCUGCUACGCACGUAUUCGCCCUGCAAAUAUCUGAAUUCCUGAUUGGCCUCAUCGAAACCCCUAUUGAAACAGGACUAUCAGCAAUCACUGGACAUCAACCAGGUCGAACCUAGGCGAUCCCCGUAAGCUGCUACGAGAACAUGUCGUCCCUCCGUUUGCUACAGGUUUUGAUUUUUAUAACCACCUUUGGGUCUUUGGCUGUGCAUCUUGUGGAUGCGCAUUGGAUACUUAAUGAUGAUGAUUGGAAUAAUUGUCCGUGGUAUCAGCUAUUAAAAAUUCAGUCCCACUAUGUCCACAAUCAAGCGUUCUACCAAGACUGCACAAUAGCAGGAGAAUCUCCUCACCAAUGGGUGACAUCUGUACUGUUCAGGCGUACUGGAUGGGAUAGCCUUCCACACGGGUUUAAUAAUUGUUUGGAGAAUCUAAUCAACCUAACUUUGACCACAGGAUCCAUCAAAACCUUUAAAGAAAAUGAUCUUGCCAAUCUCGUUAUGCUGGAAAGGUUGCAUAUUAACAAUAAUGGACUGACAGAAUUGCCGGGUAGCCUGUUCAGAGACCUCAUCUCUCUAACAGAGAUAGAGGCAUAUCAGAAUAGAUUAACUACACUACCAGCAGAGAUCUUUCAAAAUACGACAAAAUUGUCAAGAUUAGAUUUACACCACAAUUGGAUAAGUAGCCUACCAACAGAGCUCUUUCAAAAUGCACUAAACCUGGUUUAUUUUUCACCAGAGGAGCAGAGCCACCAGUGGGGAAGACACUUUGACGGUGUCCUCAACGUGGCAAGUGCAUGGAAUCGCAAUGCCCUGGACAACAUCCCACAGCGACAGGAGGCUGAUCAUCUUGCUGAGGCGCCGACUCUCCGUGAAGUCAGCCGCGCUAUCUCCCGCCCACAGAACGGCAAGUCUGCUGGAGCCUCUGGCAUCCUCCCUGAGAUGCUAAAGAGGGGUGGCCCUGACCUCACCGCCAAGCUUGUGGAGCUGUUUGGCGAUGAACCAUCUUCAGCAAUCCUGACCAGCGCCAAACUUUUGGAGAUGUGGGGUGACACUGAUACCAUCUGCGUGAAGGUCGCACAGCGUCGCCUAGAGUGGCUGGGCCAUGUUGCCCGAAUGGACAGUAGCCGGAUGCCGAGACAGAUCCUGCUUGGCUCACUUCCCACACGCCGCCCAGCACAUGGCCCUCACAAGCGCUGGAAGGAUUGCGUUGUCUCCGACCUAAGAGUUCGUGGCCUCGCCAAGGAAUGGUACCCUAUCGCCUGUGAGUCAAGCGCUGACUGGCGGACUAUGUACGCCGAGCCUGUGGAGAAUGUGCCUCAGCCUGACCCAGUGGUAGCUUGCAAACCAUGCAAGGGCGGUGCCAGCUAUCCCCACAUUCUGCAGAGAAUGGCUGAUGCUUUUGAACAGCUGGACAUAGCUGGCAGGAAUAUUUCUUAUAAUAAUAUGACAAGUGUACCGGCAGGAAUGUUCAAUAUAACACGUUUGGAUAUAGGAUAUAAUGAACUGUCCACGUUCCCUAAGGGACAAUUUACACAUCUUGGCAAGCUAGACGCUGUAUAUAUGGAACGUAAUGUACUGAGAACUUUAAAGACGGGAGUAUUUACAGGUCUUGUCAGCGUAAAGGAAAUAUUUCUGGAGUAUAAUCAACUGGAUACUAUACAGGAGGGAGUAUUUCAAGGUCUUGUCAGCCUAAAUACUGUGAUAUUACAUCAUAAUUUUCUCAUAGCCCUACCAGCAAACCUUUUUCAUAGCUGUGGAUCAUUAAUAACCAUAGAGCUGCAAAAUAAUCAACUGAGAACUUUACCGGCGGGAGCAUUCAAUGGUCUUGGCAGGCUAAGUACAUUAGAGCUGCAAAAUAAUCAACUGAGAACUUUACCGGCGGGAGCAUUCAAUGGUCUUGGCAGGCUAAGUACAUUGUAA